AUGGUGUAUUCCAACAGCCGCGUGGGAACGCGUGCCCUUAUUAAGACGGCGGUAGUCUGCGCACUCAGUUUGAGCGUCAUUCCUUCGGUCCGCGCGGACAGCUCAAGCUCGUCGUCUGCUGAAGUCUGCGGGAUCUCCGACGGUGACAAGAGUGUUGGCAUCCGUGUUGUCGAAGACAGCGCGUGCGCUUCAGGUGGUCUUGGCUGCUACAACGAUCACUGUCGCUUCUGUAAGCUCCUGGAGACUCCACAAUCAUCCGCCUUCGAGAACUGCACGACAUUCGGUGUGGAGUUCCCCACAAUGGCUCCUCUUGUCCCCUCCGCAGGUGCUUGCGAGGUGUCGAGCGGCGAUGCAGCCGUCGGCAUCUCAGCGUUUACGGAUGACACUUGCCUGUAUGGCGGACUGGGCUGCUUCAACGAUCACUGCCGAUUCUGCAAGGUGACGAAGACUGCGCAGUCGGAGGCCUUUGUGGAUUGCCCGAAUAGUAGCAGUGCUGGUUCAGCAACCGAUGCACCGGUUGACACUCCAGCGAGUGGCUCAAGCAACGGCAGCGCCGACAAGGAUGUCUGCACCCUAGUGCCUCCUGCUGGCGACGUUGAGGUCGGUAUCAGUAUCGGUACGGAUGCUACCUGCAAGGACGGCGGCCUGGGCUGCAUCAACGACCUGUGCCGUUUCUGCCGAAUUAGGACGACGGUCAAGUCCUUAACUUACCCUGACUGUUCCUUCCUUGGCACUAGUGACGCCAAUGCCGGAACUACUGCAACACCGAGCGAGACUCCGUCGGCGACGACCGAAGCUCCACUCGAUGUGAUCGACUCCCCGACGGCAACCACAUCAACACCCGUGGCCACGACAGAGGCUCCAGCCGGUUCGAACGAUGCGCCGGCUGCGACUACAGAGACGCCCAGCCCUGGUUCCACUACAGCUGCCCCUCUACCCGAUACAUGCACUAUUGCGCCUUCGGUUGGCGAUGCUGCAGUCGGCAUCAGCAUUGUCUACGAUCGGGAGUGCGUUUCCGGUGGCAUUGGCUGCGUGACCGAUGUUUGCCGUUUCUGCAAGGUGACGACCUCCCCGCAGUCUGCCGCGUUCGUGGACUGCGCCCAGUUCUCAACUGAUGCUUCGACUUCGAAUGAUGUACCGGUCGUAGAUAACUCGGACUCUGAUGUUGGUGAUCUAUCGGUGGAUGACUCCGACUCCACGGACGCAGAGACACCGGCAGCAACCACAGCUACGCCUGACGCGACUACCGAAGCUCCACCUCCGGAUGCUACGACUGCGACCUCGAGUGGACCGACAUGCUCUCAAACCGUGUCGGAGGGUGAUGCUGCAGUUGGCAUCAACAUUGUCACGGACUCGUCGUGUAGCUCCGGCGGCGUUGGUUGCAUUGACGACAUUUGCCGAUUCUGCAAGACCUCUGAGACCCCUCAGUCUGCCGCCUUCGUGGACUGCUCCUCGACUUCUUCGUCCACUCCUGCUGCCACGGAUGCAAACACUGAGGCCCCAACUGAUGCUCCUACCGACGCUCCUACCGAUGCCCCGACAGACGCUCCUACGGAUGCUCCUACCGAUGCGCCCACGGAAGCCCCGAAGGGUGAAACUUGCUCACAGACCGUCUCUGAGGGUGAUGCCGCAGUUGGAAUUAAUAUCUUCACGGACGCUUCGUGCAGCUCCGGUGGCGCUGGCUGCAUUGACAGCAUUUGCCGAUUCUGCAAGACCUCUGAGACUCCCCAGUCAGCCGCGUUCGUAGACUGCCCCUCGGAUUCCAGCACUGACACGUCUGCCUCCGCUGCCACCGAGGCACCAACUGAUGCGCCCACUGAGGCUCCAACUGAGGUCCCUACUGAGGCUCCGACAGAAGCACCUACCGAGGCUCCCACGGAUGCUGCCACCGAUGCCCCCACUGAGGCACCGUCGGGCGAAACCUGCGCGCAGACCGCGUCCGAAGGUGACGCAGCUGUCGGCAUCAAGAUCGUCACGGACACUUCGUGCAGCUCCGGCGGUGUCGGUUGCAUCGACAGUGUGUGCCGUUUCUGCAAGGUAAGCGAGUCGGAACAGUCCGCUGCUUUCGUCGAAUGCACUUCGAUCGCGGGCGCCACAAACGUUGAGGCUUUGACGGACAACACCGUGGCUGAGACGUCCACACAGUCGAUUGCAAGCGAAGCGAAUGCCGAUAUCUUGAGCAAGGAACAGAUCGGCGCCGCCGUCGCAGGCUGUGUCGGAGCUAUUGCUGCCGUGGCUAUUGUUGCCCGUGCGGCCAAGCGUGCGUCAACCCGUACCGCCAACCCGAACGAGCCGGCCGACGACGACGAGGUCGACGAAACCGAGUCCGGCAAGCGCGUAUCCCCCGGCCCCGUGCCAACGGAGGACACGGAGGAACCCGCCACAGCUGAGGCGUAA